CUUGAGCUUCCAGAGCGUGCGCACGCGUUCUAGAUUUGCAAGCACCUGAUCGUGAUCCUCCGCAGCCAUUCGCUCAAACCAUCGACGGCUCAAGCCAAGUCUCAAGGAUGGUUGCGAUCAUCGGGCCCCUGCUCGUUGCGGCAUGCGUGGCUCUCUGUUGGUGGAAUGCAGCGUUGCUGAUGGGAUGGGCACGCGGCAGCCAUACCUUGAACUCGUUGCCGUCUGCCAGGAUUGAGCCGGGAGCGCCUGCGAAAACGAGGGCCUUCGAUGUGGUCGUGUAUGCUGCCACACCUGCGGGCGUCAGCGCAGCCCUUGCUGCAAAGGCCGUCCUGGGGCAUCAGGGUUCUGUUAUUGUGCUGGAGCCCUCUGGGCAUGUUGGAGGCAUGGCCUCUGCAGGAGGGAUCGGUCUCAGAGAUUGCGAGGAGAAUGCCGUGCGUGAUAACAAUAGCACGCAGAUGCAGUGGGCUCGUAGAAAUGCACAGUACUACGGAGUUGAAGCCCCAGUCUGGCAGCCUGAUAACUGGCUGGGGGAGCAAACGUUUUUGACGAUGCUUGAAGAGGCUGGAGUGGAGUUGUGGAUGAAUUCACCGAUAGCUGAAGGCGCAGCUAGCGUUCGAGUAAACCAGUCGCGCAUUACCAGUUUAAAGAUCAGUCGCAAUGCCAGCAACCCGCAAGCGGCUGCAGCGACUGUGUGGGUAGAGGCUAGUUACGUCAUCGAUGCGAGCUACGAAGGCGACGUGCUGAUUUCCGCUGGGGUCACCCAUACUCUUGGCAGAGAAGCUGCCAGCGCGUACAACGAGUCCCUGGGAGGGGUCUCACGGGGUAGCGUCGGCCAGUUCGAAGAGCCCGUCAGCCCAUACGUCAAAGGAACCACGAAGUUGCUUCCUUACAUUCAAGAUGGCCCUGACCCUCGCGACCGAGUAGGAGAGGCUGACUCAAACGUGCAGGCAUAUAGCUACCGGGUGUGCCUCACGAUGAACCGCAGUAACUCGGUGCCUGUCGAGGCACCACCAGGCUACGACCCGCAGGAUUUCGAGAUCGCCCGCCGCUACUUGUUGGCGGAGCUUGGUGCCAAUCGUACCCCCCGACCACCUUGGGGAUACUUGACCUACCAUGGCUACCCCCCGAGCAAGUCCAUGAAAUACGACGCUUGUUGUGGACCGAGCGCGUUCGGAAUUGAUGCUGUCGGGCUGGGAAGGGGCUACCCCAAUGCAAGCAGGUCUCAGAGGCUUCAGAUCGCCAGUCAACACCGGUAUUACGUGCAGGGCCUCAUGUGGUUCUGGCUCACAGACACGUCCGUUCCAGAGCCCCUCCGGAGGAAACAUGCAAUGUACGGCUUGUGCAAAGACGAGUGGCCAGACAACGAUCAUUUUCCACCGCAGUUGUACGUUCGCGAGGCGGUGCGAAUGGUCGGAGAUCACGUCUUCACACAGAAGGACCGGAUAAAUGCACUAGAGCCAGGUGGGUGUCGCAACGAUUCCGUUGCUGUUGCGAGCUGGGCCAUUGACAUACAUGAGAUGCAGAGGGUUGCCGUGAGGGGCCCGCAGGGACGCGACAUUGCCUACAACGAAGGCCUCACGACGCCCGCGCAGGGCGGCAGGUACUUCUUUGAGCUCCCCUACUCCCUGGUGCUGCCCAAGCGAGGGGAUCUUGUCAAUCUUGCGGCUCCCAACUGCCCCAGCGUCACGCACGUGGCGUUCGCCUCCGUCCGCGAGGAACCCACCCUCUGGCAGCUGGGCCAGGCCUCCGGCACCGCGGCGGGCCUGGCCGUCGUCGGCGGGGGGGGCCCGCUGCAGGACGUAGCGGUGCGAGACAUCCAGCGCUCGCUAGCGCUCGGACAGCAGGCGUUCGUGCACUGGCCCCCCCGCCUGAGCUGCUCCUCUGCGGACGUGGCGUCGGCCUGCCCGUCCUCGACUGCGGCGUCGAUCACCCUUGCCGGGGCAGGGGCGGUCGAGGUGGACGGGACGUACAGCAGGUCGGAGGAGCUGUCAGAUGGCCUGCCAGUGUUCUAUAAGGCCUCUGGACACGCCCUCUCCCACAGGCAAGGCGUUUGGCAGGUGACCAACGAGAGGGGCGGUGUGUUCUACAUUGCGGUUGCUGGGGAUCUGGACGGGCCGCCCGAGGGCGUUCAAUCUUGGGUCUGCGGAUCGCUUGGGGUCACCCCUGGGCCGUUGAGAGUUCAGUGCCAGAUCGGUGCCGUAGCCUGACAGGACGGGACGAUCACCGUAGGCAAUCACAUUGCUCCCUCCCUCAUCUUCUGAUCAUCCGCAUUUCCAGGUCUCCCUGACCUGUCGUCGCUCCCCCAUGUUUUGCUCCCUCACGCUGAUUUCCUGUCACCCUUCGCAGAGUCGUGGGCCCAAGCCGCCCGUCCUGGCAAUUAUCUAAGACACAUGCAGCCUAGACCUGCAUGCGCCCUCGACCUGGACCUGUGCGCAAAGGGGUCCACAUCCCACACCGUGGCCUGCCCUGUCGAUUGAGGCGGCCAUGCCUGCUGGCUCCGUGUUGUCCGCCCUGGCCGCAGCCGCAGAUGUGGGAUCGCCCUAUCGUCGAGCAGUUACCCUGGGCUUCUUGUGGUGAACGACGGCUCGACGAUGCAGCCCAGGCCCCCCGACCCUAUGAA